AAUGCACUCAUGCAAAAAAUAAAGUAGUAAUAAAAAAAGAUCAAUUUUUGAACUAUUAAUUCUUAGAAAAAAGAAAACAAUAUCACGUACGGUAGGUGACUCUUGUAUCUACUAAAAGGGCCAAAAGAAUCUGGGGCCAACUCUAUCAUGCUGGUCCACUGGUCCCUAUUGUCUUAACGUGAGAUCUAACCCACCGGCGACGCGAAACCUCCAAGGCCAACUCAAUCUUGUCUGCUAGCCGGCCAUGCCUCUGUCUCCCGCCGAUCCUUCAGUUCACCACCUAAGUUCCUUCCUCUCUCAAUCUUCGCCACGUUGAUUUCUCCUACUUUCCCGAACUACCCUUAGCGUGAUGGUCUGUUUAAAUAAUUCGGGAAAUAAUAACCAAACCUUGAGCUGUCAUGUUCCCUUGUUAUUAUUACACGACAAGUCAGACGUGUACUUUAGAUUCUUGAGGCUAUUUUCUUCUUCCUCGAUUGUUCUUAUAUAUAAACUCGUCACAAGGUCGUCUGAUCUUUCAAUUCACAAAUCACAAACAACAACAACUUGGUACGUAUACUCUACAUACACAAACAUCAAACUCACGAGAGAUAUAAACAAAGAAAAAUGGGUGCAUGCGUUUCACGUGAAUGUAUGAGGGGAGAUUCGGCGAAGCUAAUAUUGCUGGACGGGACAUUAGAAGAGUUCUCGUAUCCGGUCAAAGUUUGGCAGAUCUUGCAGAAAUACCCGACGAGUUUCGUAUGUAACUCAGACGAAAUGGACUUCGACGAUACAGUUUCAGCAGUCUCUGGCAACGAAGAGCUCCGAUUGGGGCAACUUUACUUCGUUUUACCGCUGACGUGGCUCAGUCAUCCCCUAAGGGCGGAGGAAAUGGCGACGCUGGCUGUUAAAGCAAGCUCCGCGUUGACCAAGAGCGGCGGAGUCAGUUGCGCUGACUCCAUUUGGGAAAUAAAUUACCAAUCCAAAAAAAUCGCCCGAGCGAAGACAAAUGGCGGUGGUGGAAGAGGCUGUGGCAAAGGGAAGAGGAGAUUUACGGCGAAUUUGAGCAGCAUCGCCGAGUAGGGUCAACUUAGUGGAGCAAACCAUAAAAAUAAAUCGACCGACGUAGAAACUGUAGUUAGAGACGUUUGACUUUUUUCUAAUGGAGAAAAACAAAAUGAUCCAUUACUUUUGGAUUUUUUUUUCUAUAUU